AAUUGAUUGCAUCAGGGAAGACCCGUUGCUAAUGUUGAGAGAACCUUAUGUCAUCCUACAUAUAUGUCUUAUUUAUUGGCAAUAGAAAUGUUUAAAUCAAUGAAUCCAUUUUAAAUCAAUUUUAUUUUGCGUACAUACCUUACUUGAUCACGUGACUUUUCACACUACCGUCAGUUGUCGUCAGUGACAAAUAUUACACGGUUCAUUGUCCCGGAUAUAUAUAUAUGAUUGAAUCAGAUGAAUAAUGGCUACUUACCCUUCCGUAAAGAUGAAAUAAAAGUUAAAGAAAAGUUUACUUCCUAUAUAAAUACUUUAAACCUUUCGCGAAUAUAUACACAAUGUAUCACAAAAUGGACAUUGCACUAAAGAUUAUAACGGGUCUUCUGCUCAAUUUGCCUUAUGUUUCGGCAUGUGGAGAUAACUACACUGAACUUACUGGAAUUUUUACCUCCCCUGAUUAUGAUACUAGAAAUGCGUAUCCACCUAACAGUGACUGUGAAUGGACAAUCUCGACACCAGAGGGCACUGACAUAGUGCUCAUUUUCCUUCACUUUGAUAUAAAAUGUCCUGAUUAUAUAUCGAUGACAGACCUUUCCAACAACACGAUGAUGCCGAUCCUCGACAAACAGUGUUUUUUGAAUGAGGAAAUAUAUUUUCUAGGCAACAAAAUACACAUCCACUUUGUAAGUGAUGGAUCCGGCCAGCGUAGGGGAUUCAAGAUAGUCUGGAAAGUGAAAAAUAUCCUAACAUGGCACUCAGAAUUUGUUUCUGUGCACGAGGCUCACGGAAUAUGCAGACGACAAGGUGGUAGCUUAGUAAAGGACAUUGCGGAAUACCAGGACGAAAUUUUCGAUAUGAUGCAAGAACGCCACGUUACGUCAAUAUGGCAGGCGAAGAAUCAAUAUAAAACACCGUGGGUGUGGCUUAAAGGGUGUUUUUCUUUUGCAAACCUUGACGAUUUUGAAACAUAUGUAAUUGUAAAAAACAAUUCGAUGGCAGAAUGUCAGAGACUUUGUACAAGAUGGAAUUAUUUCGGGCUUCAGAGAGACAAGUGUUUCUGUAUUGAGAGUUACACUGGUUCCCCUGUCAUUAUGGAUCAUUAUUGUACAAUUUCUUGUUCUGGCAAUUACGAAGAGAGAUGUGGCGGGAAUCUGAGCCUUACUAUAUACAUGAACGAUAUAUGCUACACAAAUUUAAGUGCUUGGCAAGGGACUGUAUCGAGAACAAAGGAAGGUAACACCUGUUUGCCAUGGAAUAACAUCACUGCAAUAAUUCACGAUAAUACUACGGUAUUUCCGGACGGGUCGGCACAGAAUGCAUCCAAUUUUUGUAGGAACCCAAAUGGUUCCGAAGCUCUUUGGUGUUAUGUUAAUCAGAACGAGACUGAGUUUUGCGAUGUACCACCAUGUUUUCAUAAAG